GUUGCUGAGGAGUUAGUAAUUUCAAUCACAUUUUCUCUCCCCUCCAUCAGUCCAUCCUCUUCAGUCUUCACUCACAGCCACCAGUUGACAAUAUUCAUUGAAAUCUCAAUUACUGUGCUGUAGUCUUUUGUUCUUUCCCCACAGUUGAUUGUUUGAUUAUUGUGCCCUGUAUUUAAGUACAAUAAUAAUAUCAGCUUCCCAUACCAAGUACAUUUUUCCUAUGAGCAAAUCUCAUCAUCUAUAACCCCAACCCCAAAAGUUCUGGGUACCCAGAACUUCUUUUUCCGAGAAUUUUUCUGGGUCAUCAUUCAAUUUUCGAAUCCAGAUUUGAUUAAAAAUCAUGAAAAAUGGGAAAUUUGGGUGUUUUUUCUUGCUGUUUCUGGGUUGUUUUCGUUCUGCAUUUGCAAAUCAAAACAACGAUAGAAUAACAUGGUUGCCAGGGCAACCAGAUAAUGUGGAAUUUGCACAAUAUUCUGGUUAUGUUACAGUAGAUAAAUCAGCUGGUAAAGCAUUGUUUUACUGGUUAACCGAGUCACCUUCAAAUCCUGAGUCAAAACCAUUGCUAUUAUGGCUUAACGGUGGCCCUGGUUGUUCUUCUAUUGCUUAUGGUUCUGCUGAAGAAAUCGGUCCUUUUCAUAUCCGAAAUGAUGGCAAAAGUCUUUACUUAAAUCCAUAUUCUUGGAAUAAGGAGGCAAAUCUGCUUUUCCUCGAGUCUCCAGUUGGUGUUGGGUUCUCAUACUCAAACAGAUCAUCUGAUUUGUACACUCUUGGUGAUAGUAGAACAGCUAAAGAUGCCUAUAAAUUUCUUGUUAGAUGGUUCAAUAGGUUCCCCCAGUACAAGCACAGAGAGUUCUACAUUGCUGGGGAGAGUUAUGCAGGACAUUAUGUUCCUCAAUUGUCCCAACUUAUUUACAGAAGAAACAAAGGAAUUGCAGAACCAGAAAUAAACUUCAAGGGAUUUAUGGUGGGAAAUGCAGUUACAGAUGAUCAUUAUGAUUACAUAGGUACAUUUGAGUAUUGGUGGACCCAUGGAUUGAUAUCAGAUUCAACAUACAAGAGACUUAAGACAUCUUGUUCUGGUUCAUCUCAGCAUCCUUCGAUUACAUGCAAUACAGCUUUAGCAGAUGCUGAUUCUGAGUUUGGAAACAUUGAUCCAUACAGUAUAUAUACGCGUCCUUGCAACUCAACUGCAUCACUUAAGCGCAGUCUAAGGGGUCAUUAUCCAUGGAUGGUGAGAGGAUACGAUCCGUGCACAGAGAGGUACUCAAACGAGUACUUCAAUCGCCCUGAAGUUCAACUCGCUAUGCAUGCUAAUACGACUAAACUGUCUUAUCCAUGGAGCACCUGCAGUGACAUAGUUGGAACAUACUGGUCUGAUUCUCCAGAGUCUAUGCUUCCAAUUUAUCGAGAACUUAUAGCAGCUGGCUUGAGAAUAUGGGUCUUCAGCGGCGACACUGAUUCUGUAGUGCCUGUAACAGCAACUCGAUAUUCCAUCGAUGCACUGAGACUCCCUACUGUGGCCAAUUGGUACCCUUGGUAUGACAAUGGAAGGGUUGGUGGAUGGAGCCAAGUAUACAAAGGUCUAACACUUGUAACAAUUAAAGGAGCAGGACAUGAAGUACCACUUCAUAAACCUAGACAAGCUUUUAUUCUUUUAAACCAUUUCUUGAAAAACAGAUCAAUGCCACCCCAAAGCCUCUAAAUUUCUUAUUUUUAUACACAAAAUUAUUUAUUAAUAUUAUUAUAGGAUUUGCUUAUUUAUUGGGGCACUUGAAAAGAGAAGCAAUAAAUCAGCAGAAAGUUCACCAGGGAUGAGUAGUUUUCCCUGGAGUGCCCCCCCCUAUUCUUGCUUGAUAGCAGGAUUUUAGGUCAUAGUUUUACAUUUUUAGUUUUGAGAUCAAUUCUUAUUGAUUAUUUCUUUGAAGAAAAUGUAUCAUAAUAUUUUUUUUUGGCAUUAGUGACUAAUAUUUGUAUGAAAAAUCUCAUUCAUAUUUAUAUGAAAAUGUCCUUGUUUAAUUUUUUA